GAUGCACAAAGGUUUAUUUGACACAUCCAGUCACAAGACUGUAGGUCUUCAGCCUCAUAUAAAGCCAACUAGCUGCCAUAUCUUUGCCCAAAGGCAGGAAACCUUUCCACCUAAACCGGCCUCCUCACUUAUUUUCUUAAGUCCCAUAAAUAGCAAUGGGAAUGAAAAAGCCUCUGUCUUAAUCCAUAGCUGCUCCUUGUCUCUCUCAAAAGUCACAUCUGCUGUCCUGACUGACAGGCAUUUGCUCUCUUCUCCCGCAGAACUGUUGUAGCCACAGGAGAACGAUCCCGUUUUUUAAUUCUGCCUUGUGCGUCGUUCAACAGAAUGGGCAGCUAAGUUCCGACUGCAGAAUCCUUAUUCCCUGUGAUGUCAGACAGCAGGAACCCGUCCGGAUUGCUAGAUUCAAGACUUGUUACAGGCUGUUUUUAAUGACAGCUGGGCUCCAACCAAGGAUCAGUGAAUUAAAAGCAGAACUAAUCAAGUAGAACAUGUGCCUCAAGCAAUGACUUUAGAUCCUCAAAAUCUUGUGAUUCUGUGAUCACCACAGCAAUUGUGAAACCUGCCCUUGGAAAUUAAGGCGCUUACACAACGUUCCUGCGCGUGGCAAAAUUUCUUCAACUGCCGAUGGGCGGUAUGCAUGCCUCUCGGUUCCACACGGCCGUCCUGUGGGGGUGUGAUUUGGUAUAAAGAGAGAAGCUGAGCCCAGACCAAUGCUGAGCACCCAUCUGCAGACAGAGGGACAACCCAGGUAUAACAAACCCAGGCCGGACCAUCUGCAGCCACCAUGGGGCAGGCAUUCAUGUGGGUUGGUUUAGCUGCCUUGCUGUUGCUUCAGUGCAGCUCUGCUUGCAAACUGGUCUGUUACUUUACCAACUGGUCCCAAUAUAGACCAGCCCAAGGGCGCUUCCUCCCAGAGAACAUUGACCCCAGCCUGUGCACUCAUCUCAUUUAUGCCUUCGCCGGCAUGAACAACAACCAGAUCACCACCGUGGAGUGGAACGAUGAGCAGCAUUACAAGACUUUCAAUGGACUCAAAAGCAAGAAUCCUGGGCUGAAGACUCUCUUGGCCAUCGGCGGCUGGAAUUUUGGCUCUGAAAAGUUCUCCAACAUGGUGUCCACGCCUGGUAAUCGGCGGACAUUCAUCCUCUCUGUGGUUGAUUUCCUGCGCAAGUAUGAAUUUGAUGGCCUGGACCUAGACUGGGAAUAUCCAGGUGCCCGGGGAAGCCCACCUGAGGAUAAACAGCGUUUCACUGCUCUGAUCCAGGAAAUGGUGGAAGAGUUCCAGGAGGAAGCACAGAGGACAGGGAAAGGGAGGCUGCUGUUGACUGCUGCUGUGGCCGCUGGGAAGGCAAACAUCGAUGGAGCCUAUGAAAUCAAGAACAUCUCCAAGACCCUCGACUUCAUUAACCUCAUGACAUACGACUUCCACGGUUCCUGGGAAAAGGUCACAGGACAUGUCAGUCCUCUCUACAAAGGGAAAACCGACACUGGAUCUGCUGUGUACAGUAACGCUGACUACGCUGUGGGAUACUGGAUACAGAAGGGUGCCCCAGCAGAGAAAAUCAUCAUGGGGAUCCCCACCUACGGACGGACUUUCACCCUCUCUUCCUCCGACACGGGCGUUGGUGCCCCUGUCUUCGGACCUGCAUCGCUCGGCCCUUUCACUCGGGAGGCCGGAUUUUGGGCCUAUUAUGAGAUUUGUACUUUCCAGAAAGGCGCCACCACCGAGCGGAUUGAGGAACAGAAAGUCCCUUAUUCCUUCAAAGACAGCCAAUGGGUGGGGUACGACGACAUGCAGAGCAUUGAAACCAAAGUUGACUAUCUGAAGAAGAAAAGUCUUGGUGGGGCCAUGGUCUGGGCUUUGGAUUUGGAUGAUUUCAGUGACUCAUUCUGCGGCCAAGGGAAGUUUCCUCUUCUGCAAGCUCUGAAGAAAUACCUGAGAUGCGAGGUCGAUAACGAUGGUCCUGCUAAUGCUACCACCGCGCUGGUUCAAACGACGUCUGUUACAGAAACCACCACCAGCCUUACUACGUCACCGCCGCCUGUUACAACCUCAACCCUCAGUGUUACGACACUGCCACCUAUCCCUGCCACAACCAGCAACUCCACUACCAGCAGGUUUUGCCGCCAUAAGGCCAAUGGGAUCUAUGCCGUCCCUGGGGACCAUGUCAUGUUCUACAUAUGUGCCAACAGGCGCACCUUCCGAAUGUCCUGCCCAGAAGGGUUGAUUUUCGACUAUUUAUGCAAAUGUUGCAACUGGCCUUAAAAACAGAGAGCCUCAAAGCACCUUCAUGGAGAAUUGAUUUGUAGCUGCUCAGAUAGCUGAGUUUCCUCCGCAACCAAAUCAGAGCUUAGGAAUGGUCUAUAUUGCAAGCAUACCCAGCAACUUCUCUAUCUUUGCUGGGUUAUUUUCAGGGGUAACAACUAUCACAGCACUGCAGGUUGGAGGAUAGGGAGGAGAGUAAGUAGAAGCAAAAUAUUGUCACCGACAAAAGCAAGGCUGAUGGAUUUUCAAACUGUUGUGCGUUUGUUCAUUGAAUGUGGGUCCUUUUGUUGUAUGCUGGCUUCUUCCCCGGCCCUUAUUUCAUGUUUGUUUGCUCCAAGAAAAUAAA